UUUGUUUAUUUGUUUUUCAAUUCUUGAUGUUUAAUGUUAACCUGGUCAUGAUACAACGAAAACAAAUUAUUGAUUUUGUUUCCUUUUGUUCUUUCAGAACCAAGCAGAGAAAACACAACAUUGCUCCCCGAACCAAGGAAAGAAAACACAACCAUGCUCCCUGAACCAAGGAAAGAAAACACAACCAUGCUCCCUGAACCAAGCAGAGAAAACACAACAUUGCUCCCCGAACCAAGGAAAGAAAACACAACCAUGCUCCCUGACACGCACGAAUGUCAGACUGGAAAGGCUUUAUGCGAUAUCCAUGCUGACUGCACGGAUACACCGGAAUCGUAUACAUGUACCUGUCGAGAUGGAUAUACUGGAGAUGGACGGUCAUGUACAGAUAUUGACGAAUGUCUUGUACAGACGUCGUGUGGUACCAAUGCCGACUGCAACAAUACAGAUGGAUCAUACACCUGUACGUGUUUGAAUGGAUAUUCUGAAGUUGGACAAACGUGUGCAGGAAUCAAUCUUAUGUUAUCUGCAGACAGAUCUGUUGUGAAGGAAGGCGAUCGAGUAGAGCUAACAUGUCGUGCGAAUAACGCAGAUGACCUGGAUACCAUCAUAUACUUUAAACGAGGAUCAGCUGGACAGCAACUUUCAAUUUGUCAGAUACAACAACAAGGCUCAACAUGUUGGACCACACAUUUUCAAUACAAUUCAGGGUAUAAUUGCAGUUGUGGUAGGCAAAAGAUUGGGGUAAUUAUCCCAACAAAUAUUACGAGAUGAUAAUAGACAGAGCGAACAUUCAAGACACAAGACCAUGACAGUGCAAAAAUUCAAACGUCGCAAGCAACUACGUAACAAUUACUGUCCAAAGUGAGUAGCCAUACAACUGUGAUUUUCUAUCAAUUUAGGAAAACAACUUUUCUUUCAUCCCAUUCCCUAAACAUUUAAGGGAAACAAGUUUACAUUUCCUAUA